CUGCAUUUGGCAGCACCGGCCAUGUUCACGCGGAGAUUCCGCUCCGAACAAGCCAGUUCGCAAGACCCAGAACCAGAGGUAGAUGCAUUCCGUCUCUUCGGCGACGAGAAAGUUGGUGCCAAGUGCGAGCCGCGGGAAGGAUUUCAGAACACAGUGCACGAGAUGCUCCAAGGCAGUGCGCGACCUUGGCGCCGCAGGCCCUCGCUACAGAGAUUCUUUUCGUUUCCGCUGCAGAUUCCGCUGUCCGAGAGCGAUGAGUUGAUGACCAGCUUCCACUUUCGCCGGAUGAGGUCGGAAGGUGGCGAGGAAUGUGGCUACCCGGACCCUGCACUUUUAGUCAAGGAGGACUCAAACCUCACCUUGGAUUUUGUCGACGAUGAGAAGAUCGCAAAUCGCGUUUGCGGCUCUGAUAAUACCAUCAGCACGACUUACAGCGCAUCGCCGGAGACGCCGCAGAACGGGCCAGGCGAUUGGCGGUUUGAGCCGUUGCCUGUCUCCCGCUGUACCUCGGAGCUUUGGGCUCCAGAGUCCACGCUGAUUCUGAUAGACUGGGACGACACUCUCUUCCCCACGACUUGGCUUGAAUCCAAGCAGGCUUUCAAGAAGAGUUCGCUCAUGGGCCCCAACCCGGAGGUGAAUCUCAAACCGGAAGAUCUAGCUGUCUUGCAGGAGCUCGACCAAACUGCAAGCUCAUUAGUUCUGGCAGCUUCCGAACUGGGCCACAUUUGCUGCGUGACUCUUGCUCAGCGGCCCUGGCAAGAUGUUUCCAUGAAGGUUUUCAUGCCUAAGCUCUAUGAGACCUGGAAGGAGCUGGAGAUACCUGUUUCCUAUGCCAGCGAAGAGCCAGUGGAGGGCCGCCUUGGCAGCUCUGGUCCUGCAGCCAAGGCCAUCCUCAAGGAUGCUGAUGAAAUAGACCAGCUUUUUCAGCAGCAGCAAGUGGCAAAGAAAAUGAAAGCCAUGGACAAAGUCAUCCGGCGCUACUUCGGGAAUACGUGGAAGAAUUUGCUCAGCAUUGGUGACGGCGAAGCUGAGUGGGAUGCCAUCCAUGAGCUCACCUUCAACCAUGACAACCCCGUGAGUGCCAGGACUCAGCGGCAAAAGGAGUUGCGGGUGAAGGCAGUGAAGCUCUUGGAGGAGCCAACCUGCUCGCUGCUGCGGGCACAACAGCAGGUUAUCCACGCUUGGCUGCCGUCCAUUGUGAGUCGGGACGAUGAUGUCAGCACGCGCUUGCCUGAAAACGAGGAGGAGAUCCUAGCGCUGCACCAAGACUUCAUGGAAGAGUACUUGAACUGAUGGACGCCCUCACUGCCCUUCCCAAGGAAGGCCGGUGAUUGACUGCCAAGAGCAGUGGAAACCUUAGGACCAGCGUUGCCAUGGCCAAGUUUGAGCGCGGGUGCUGGCCACGGCACAGCAUCCACACAAGCAUGACUGCAAAGACUCCGACCUUCUUCAGAACUUCCACAGUG